AUGGAGCCGUUGUUUCUUGCUUUCAUUAUGCUUCAAAUGCUCUGUUUAGUUAGUGGCUAUCCCUCUGGAGCUCCCACCGGUGCCUGUGAGGAUAUGAUGCCUCAACAUGCUGGGGUGCUGCCACAGCCUUCACCAGCACCCUACACUCUACUCACCAACAUGGGGACAUUUCAGCCAGGAGAGCCCAUUACAGUGACUAUCAUUGGACCAGCAUACAGAGGUGUGCUGCUGGAAGCUAGGACAGACAUCAGUGCCAAUGCUCUUGGAAGCUGGAAACUCCCUCCUCCAGACACACGGUUCCUUGAGUGUGCAGGGAAUCCACAAGGGGCUAUUACUCAUGCUAACACCAACCUAAAGGACAACAGCACUGUAUACAGCUGGAUACCACCCAACUCUAGCCCAGGCUCUGUCUACUUCAUGGCCACAGUAGCCCAGCAACGCACAGUCUUCUGGGUCCAUGUGAGAUCCAGCACUUUGACCAGAGGGAAAAAAGGUCUCGGUCUGGCUACUGGUGCAAGCACUGGAUUGUCUGUUGAAAAACCUCUGCUUGUUCUUGUGACUUGUUUUCUGAUGUUACAAGUGCUCGCAAUGUGA